CCCCCCUCCCCCUCUCCAUUCCCCCUCCUUUCUUCCCUCUGCCCCGUCCUCAGUCCCACACUCACCAUGUCGUUCGGUGAUCUCGAACGCGGGGACAGCCCCGGCGGCUGGAACUCCAACCUGGAUUCGCAGUACCUGCGGCUGGUCGAUCGCGUGGCCAAGGCCAUCAGCGACAUGGGAUCCAGCAUUUCCAGCAUCCAGCAUCAGGCCCAGUCCAUAGGCUCCCAGCAUGAUACCCAGGAGUUCCGCAACAACCUGAACAACCUCGUGGCCAAGACCACCACCCAGACGGCCAACACCAAGAAGCUCCUGCAGGAGCUCAGUGCUGUCCCCUCUACCUCGCUCAGCCCGGAUGAGUCGCGUCAGCGCACCCUUCAAUUCCAGAAGCUGCACGAUGCGUUCCAGGCAUCGGUCCGCCGACUGAACGAGACUCAAACCAUGGUGGCCACGCGCAUGCGCGAGCAGGUGAAGAUCGUGCGCACCACCCACGCCAUGGGCGGCCCCUCGACCGACGAGUUCACCGAGUCCAGUGCCCUGAUGUCUCAGCAGCAGUUGGAGCAGGCUGCCGUUCUGGACAACGAUAUCACCCACCAUGAGGAGAGCAUUCGCGAGCGCCAGACCGCAAUCGAAGACAUUGAGGCCAACAUCCGCGCUGUCAAUGACAUCUUCCGCGACCUCAACCAGCUGGUCCAGGACCAGGGCGAGACCAUCGACACCAUCGAGACCAACAUCGUCCGUGUGGAGGAGAACGCUAGCGCCGGCCGCGUGGAGAUCAGCCAGGCCAAUUCUUACCAGAAAUCGUCCCGGAAUAAGCUUUGCAUCAUUCUCGGCAUCUUUGUCAUUGUUCUUGUCGUUCUCGUUCUGGUCGCUGUCUUCACUUGAGUGUGCCGUGAUGCGCUCCUUCCUCCCUGUGAGGGGGGCGGGGAGCGGGUGCCCCCUUUUUCUUACACACGAGCUCUCGCAUACGCGACCGCACUCGGCCGCGUCCUCCCCCC